CGAGAAGCUACAACAAAUCGAUGGUGUGUGUGAAGGCUUCUCAUCAUCCCUGAUUGGCCUUUAUGGUUCAAUUACAAAGAAGUGUGGGCGUGUCCAGCUCCAGUUCAUCCAUUAUCAUUUCGAGGAUCGAUACCUUACAAAUUAUUCUCCAGCUCUACCAGCGCCAAAGAUCUGGAUCCGGAUAAUUCUUCUUCGGAUUCGUAUCUCUCUUCGCUGUUGCCUCGACGCUCGUCUUCCAGUGUCGUGUCAAUGGUACUAGUAGGCGUGGCACUCUCCGUUACAGCUGUCGCGCUGCAUCGGAGCUCGCUACUUGGUCUCACCACGACGUCGGCUGGAACAGACGGCUUCUAUGCCGUGUAUUCGGGCGAGGGCAGCAUCCGCACCGUUGAUCACGCCAGCUGACAAGCAGGUGUCUCGUCUUGAACGCCUGUGGGAUCGUGCGGACAGGCAGCAUUGGUGCGGCGAGGGGCUUCUGGCGGAGCUUCUUAUCUUUACGCUGCUUGGAGAUGAAACCAAGGCGGUUUCUAAUCUGUGCUUUGUUCCACAGGGUACCAUAGUAUUCCCCGGUUUCAGUGGUAACCCACGUCCAAUGAUGGCAAUUUGUUUUCACUCCAUCGUUGAUACUCAUGUUCGCUUUUCAUGUACAGAAACCCGUGAGAAACAGCAUAGUCUCAGCAAUCCUGGCUUCAUGCAAAAUCUAGAAGCGUGGACUUGGGGGUGACGCUGGGAUCACAUGUCCCUUAACGGUAAUUGGCCGACGGCGGCGGCACUGGACGUCGAUCUGGCU